AACUGAGCACCCGGGGCCUGGGCUCUCCAGCGGAGCUGUGUUUGGAAAACAGAGCUUGCAGCGUUCCUGGCAGAUCGGACACACGGCUGAGGUCUGAGUAGCCAGAGGGAUGCAGCUGCCAACCACAAGCCUGGACACUGACUUCCGGAUGGGGCCAGAGGGGGCUGCUCUGCCCACCUGCCAUGUUCCUGCCCCAAGUGGACCACAAACACCUGGCCUGGCCUCAGUUCAGGACACCUCACAAGGCCCCCGGCACCAGCAGCUGAGUUGCGCACCCUGCUUCUCUCCCAACGGUGGACAACACCCAGCUCAGAGUCGGCCCACCGAGACUCUGCCUUCCGGGCACAGGGAUCUGAACCUAUCCGUGGGGCACUUGGACGCACGUGUCUACACAUGGCCUUCCCAGAUGUCGUCUACGCAGAGCACAGAAACCCUCUUCUGCAGAGCCCAAGCUGCCUUCCGCAGGGCUCCCGCCCCCACGCCGCCCACCCCCGCUAAUGGGCUUGUUUCCGCGCACACUGGAGACGAAAAACAUGCGAUCCCCAAUGUGUCUCUUUCACGACCACACAUUUCUUUUUACCAUGCAUCUUGGCUGAGGGCCGCUUACAAAUUCCCAGCAACGGUUCCCAAGUCGAUUUUCAAAGAGUCCUGCACCUCUGACCUAAUAAAAACCGGAGAGAACUGGACGAGGGCUUGCGGCCGGGGUUCAGCCAGCUAG